AUGGCCCAUAUUCUAGAACUUUCCCUUUUGCUCUCCAUGUCUGUGUGGACCCUUGCACUCCCUGUAGAAGACUUCCUGCCAUGUAAACCGAUCAACGAGACUGUGGCUGUGGAGAAACAAGGCUGCCCAAGAUGCCUUCUGGUUCAGACCACCAUCUGCGGUGGAUAUUGCAUGACCAAAGACCCCGUGUUUAAGAGCCCCUUCUCCACGGUGUACCAGCACGUGUGCACCUACGGCAGCGUGCGCUACGAGACGGUGCGGCUGCCUGACUGCGCGGACGGCGUGGAUCCCUUCGUCAGCUACCCGGUGGCCCUGAGCUGCGUGUGCAGCCUGUGCUCCGUGGACACGUCCGACUGCACCAUCCAGAGCCUGCAGCCCGACUUCUGCAUGGGAGAGAUCAUGCCCGCAGCUUACGACGCCUACUAG